UUUCUUUCCGUCCUUUAUUUUCACGUAUUUCUACAAGAAAUUUUAGUACUUCCUUAUACAAAAUGGCUCCUCAACAUCGUAAAGUUGCUGUUAUCGGAUCUGGUCCCGCUGGUCAUACUGCUGCCAUCUAUCUUGCUCGUGCCAACUUAGAACCCGUUUUAUUUGAAGGUUUAAUGGCUAAUGGAUUUGCUCCUGGUGGUCAAUUAACAACUACCACUGAUGUCGAGAACUACCCUGGUUUCCCUAAGGGUGUUUUGGGUGGUCAAUUAAUGGACUUGAUGAGAGAGCAAUCCGUAAACUGUGGUACUACUAUCGAAACUGAAACUAUUGCUAAACUCGAUACCUCUUCUCGUCCUUUCAAGUUAUGGCGUGAAGGUACUGAAAGCCAAGAAGAACCUACUGAUACUGCCGACGCUGUCAUUAUCGCUACCGGUGCUUCUGCUAGACGUAUGAACUUGCCUGGUGAAGACAAGUACUGGCAAAAUGGUAUCUCUGCUUGUGCCGUUUGUGAUGGUGCUGUUCCUAUCUUUAGAAAUAAGCCUUUGGUUGUCAUCGGUGGUGGUGACUCUGCUGCUGAAGAAGCUAUCUAUCUUACUAAAUAUGGUUCUAUUGUUCACGUCCUCGUCCGUCGUGAUCAACUCCGUGCUUCCAAGGUUAUGGCCAAGCGUCUCUUGACCCACCCCAAGGUCAAGGUCCACUUCAACACAUCGGCUACUGAAGCUAUUGGCGAUGGUAAGCUCUUGACAGCUGUUGCUACCAUCAACAAUGUCACCAAGGAAGCUGGUAAGAUUGAAGCCAGUGGAUUAUUCUAUGCUAUCGGUCAUGAUCCUGCUACUUCUCUUGUUAAAGGACAAAUUGAAUUGGAUGAAGAGGGUUAUAUCAAGACAGUUCCUGGUUCAUCUGUUACCAACAUUCCCGGUGUAUUUGCUGCUGGUGAUGUUCAAGAUAAGCGUUAUCGUCAAGCCAUUACCUCAGCUGGUUCAGGCUGUAUGGCUGCUCUUGAUGCUGAAAGAUAUUUGAGUGAACUUGAAUCCGAAAUUGCUGAAGGUGAUAGAAAAUGAAUCGAACGCGGAAAUAGUAAGCCUAGACUUUAAAAAUGAGCGACAUUAGAAAUCACUCCCAACUUUUGUUCUUUGUAUACACCUGUAUUAUAUUUUUAUUAAUUAUGAGAUAUUGUCGUAAAUAAAAGAAUUAUUGGCGCAUAUUUAAAAAAAAGCAUUGUUUUGCACUCAUAGCUUUCUCAAACAUCAAAGAAUCCAUCUUGAUCCGUAUAGAGUGUAUACGCUCGCUUAUUCGAUGCCUCCUUCAGCAAGUGAAAUCAACCAAUGGCAUUAGAAUUUAACAAGCUCAGAUUUUACUCUUAGUAACAGCGUCAUUCAACUCUUGAAAAUACAGCAUAUAAUCUAUUUAUAAACAUUAGAAUAAUGAAUAAAAUAUCAUUUGUUGCAUAAUACGCAAAGAAGAAAGAACAUAUGAUAAAGUCAUGUUGAGGAUCAUUCUUUAUUAUUGUUAUUCAGCUAUUAAUUGGCUCAGAAUAAAUCGACAUCAAUC